UCAGAGAAAAAUUCGCUUUGCAAGCGCAUAGUCAGUGUUUGUAAUCAAUACUCUACAUAUCACGUUUCGCAAGGCUUGCACUCUAUACAACCUAUCGUACAGGUUCUAAGGUAGAGUACAAAACAGCCCAUGGUGCAGACAACUGCAGUGUUCCUCAUCUACAAAGAGUAUAAAGUUGCCCCUAAUAUAAGUAGCGAGGAAAGGAUUAAGGGAUCUGUAACUUGAACUAGAUUCCAAACUUUUAACUGUUCCACAUAUAAAGGUUGGGCGUACGCAUUUACGUUAUCCAAGUGUAGAGACCACUCUAGCUGUAGCCCUUUAGCACCAGAACCAGAGGAUACAACCAGCCAUGACUCCUUCAGUCACCUGCAUUCUGCUCCUGGGAACAGCAUUGUUUUUCCUACCAGCCACACGGGCUCAGUGUAUCAACGUCACCUUGCCAAACGUGCUUGGCCUGGGAGAAUGUCUGGGAACUACUUUAAGAGCCUGCCCAGACACAUCUGAGGGCCUUCUUCCGGAUCUAGUUGUUCUUCUGCGGUGCGUGGUCGGAAUCCUGCCUGAGGUCGCCAACCCUGCAAGUGUGCUCUUCAAUGUAGUGGGCCUUUUAGAAGCUGUACUUUCAAGACUCGGAAUCCCCGCCGACAUCGCUGGAAUCUCUAAUCUUAUCUGCCGGCCCUUUGGGUUUCGUCUGCUCCCCUGCGAUGUAUUCAGUCCGGGAAACCUGGUCUGCAGCGCCCCAAUUCAGCUCAGCCUUCCCAGCGUGUUCAACAUUGGACAUUGUCUAAACAGGACUCUUCUGUUUUGCGAAAAUGGACAAACAAUCUCGGAUCCCAUCUUGACAGAAUUGGUCCAGGCGGUCGGGUGCAUCUUGGGGGCGGCUCCGGGCGCGAUGGGGCUUGGUCUGGCGCGUGGCCUGGUCUGCCCUCUCCUAGACAUCGUUAACUCGGCUGUGACAGAGCUCGGCAACGCACUUCCCUUCGGGUUUCUCUUCCGAGCCGUUACGAGGAUCACACGUGGGCUCACCGACAACAUCCUGGGUUCAGUCGUCUCGUGCUAACAGCUUCAGAGCGUUCCUGUAUACCGUUUCCGUCCGGAAAAAGAGGAACCUCCUUGGUACAAGGAUACGGUUGGAUCGCUUCAGUCAGGCGGCAAGUUGCUCCACCUAGCCGCUGUCGCUCGGACUGUGCUAAAUGCUGAAAGCGGCGACCAAGCAGAAUGCAAGCUAUCUCUUGGGAACUCACCGAGGACUUGCUUUGAUCAGGAGUCACUUUUUGUUUCAGAAAUCUUCCAAAGAAGCAAAUAAAAUAACCAGUUACGUAGUUUAA